GCGGGAAGCAGCACCCUCAGACUGUGCGGCUAGGCCUAGUCUAUUUCCUUAUAGAGAGUUCAGAAAACAGAAGAUGAAGACACUCGUCCUGCUCUUCCUACCUAGAAGUGGGAGAGGAAGGAGGAAAGUGGCUCUGACCAGGGUAUAAGCCCAGGAAGGCAGGACAUGUUGGCAGCCUGCAGGGGCCUCUUUCAGGCUGGGCUGCACCCUCUGGGCCUGGACUGUGCUGGCGUCUGCACAGGGGGGCAGGAGAGGGCCUGUUGCAGGGCUCAGUGGGCUGUGAGGGUGAGCUCCAGAAGCAUUAUCCUGUGAAAUUAGCCUGCAGGAAAGGCUGGGCAUCUGGAGGGCAGACACUUCCUGGGAGGGCUGGACCCUCCUCCCCAGCAGAGGGGUACUUCCUUGGUGAGAUCAGGGAGCCAGACCCCACCUGUGCACCUUGUGGCCCCCUGAAGCAGAGGAGGUCCCCCCCCAGGCUCCUCAUCAGCAGAAUGGAGACAGCAGCAUCUGAGGGUUGGGGCUUGACAGCAGCAGGGGUUGGGGACCCAGAGGGCACCUUCCUCCCAGAUGGAGACUGUGCAUCUGUUGGAAUGUGUGAAAACCAUCCAACCUUACAAGAGGGUGGCCUGGCCACUACCUGCUGUGUCCUGACGGGGCCAGUGUUGACCAGCCCUGGGAUUAGAGGUAUGAACGCUGCCGUCAGGGCUGUGACACGGAUGGGCAUUUACGUGGGUGCCAAAGUCUUCCUCAUCUACGAGGGCUACGAGGGCCUUGUGGAAGGAGGUGAGAACAUCAAGCAAGCUGACUGGCUCAGCGUCUCCAACAUCAUCCAGCUGGGUGGCACUGUCAUAGGCAGUGCCCGCUGCAAAGCCUUCAUGACUCGGGAGGGACGCCUGGCGGCGGCCUACAACCUGGUACAACGUGGCAUCACCAACCUGUGUGUCAUUGGUGGGGACGGCAGUCUCACGGGAGCUGAUAUCUUCCGCAGCGAGUGGGGCGGCCUGCUGGAGACACUGGUGGGGGAAGGUAAGAUCUCAGAGACCACGGCUCAGACCUACUCACACCUGAACAUCGUGGGGCUGGUAGGGUCCAUUGACAACGACUUCUGUGGCACCGACAUGACCAUCGGCACUGACUCGGCCCUCCACCGCAUUAUGGAGGUCAUCGACGCCAUCACCACCACUGCCCAGAGCCACCAGCGGACCUUCGUGUUGGAGGUGAUGGGCCGGCACUGCGGGUACCUGGCGCUGGUAUCUGCGCUGGCCUCAGGGGCCGACUGGCUGUUCAUCCCAGAGGCACCGCCCGAAGACGGUUGGGAGAACUUCAUGUGUGAGAGGCUGGGUGAGACUCGGAGCCGAGGGUCCCGACUAAACAUCAUCAUCAUUGCGGAGGGCGCCAUUGACCGUCAUGGGAAGCCCAUCUCUUCUGGCUAUGUGAAGGAUCUGGUGGUGCAGAGGCUGGGCUAUGACACACGUGUGACCGUGCUGGGCCACGUGCAGAGAGGAGGGACCCCCUCAGCCUUUGACCGAGUCUUGAGCAGCAAGAUGGGUGUGGAGGCUGUGAUGGCGCUGCUAGAGGCCUCACCCGACACGCCGGCCUGCGUGGUCAGCCUCUCUGGGAACCAGUCAGUGCGGCUGCCCCUCAUGGAGUGUGUGCAGAUGACCAAGGAGGUGCAGAAAGCCAUGGACAACAAGAGGUUUGACGAGGCCAUCCAGCUCCGCGGCAGGAGUUUCGAGAACAACUGGAACAUUUACAAGCUCCUUGCCCACCAGAAGCUCUCCAAGGACAAGACCAACUUCUCCCUGGCCAUCCUGAAUGUGGGGGCCCCGGCGGCUGGCAUGAACGCGGCUGUGCGCUCAGCAGUGCGGACUGGUAUUUCCCAGGGCCACACGGUGUAUGUUGUGCAUGAUGGCUUUGAAGGCCUGGCCAAGGGUCAGGUGCAGGAAGUGGGCUGGCACGAUGUGGCUGGCUGGCUGGGGCGUGGUGGUUCCAUGCUAGGGACCAAGAGAACGCUGCCCAAGGGACACAUGGAGUCGAUUGUGGAAAACAUCCGCACCUACAGCAUCCACGCCCUGCUGGUCAUCGGUGGGUUUGAGGCCUACGAGGGGGUGCUGCAGCUGGUGGAGGCGCGCGGGCGCUACGAGGAGCUGUGCAUCGUCAUGUGCGUCAUCCCGGCCACCAUCAGCAACAACGUGCCAGGCACCGACUUCAGCCUGGGCUCCGACACCGCCGUCAACGCUGCCAUGGAGAGCUGUGACCGGAUCAAGCAGUCAGCUUCAGGGACCAAGCGCCGCGUGUUCAUCGUGGAGACCAUGGGGGGCUACUGUGGCUACUUGGCCACUGUGACGGGCAUCGCCGUGGGGGCUGAUGCUGCCUAUGUGUUCGAGGACCCUUUCAACAUCCACGACUUGAAGGUCAACGUGGAGCACAUGACGGAGAAGAUGAAGACGGAUAUCCAGAGGGGUCUGGUGCUCCGGAAUGAGAAGUGUCACGAGCACUACACCACGGAGUUCCUGUACAACCUGUACUCAUCUGAGGGCAAGGGCGUCUUUGACUGCAGGACCAAUGUCCUGGGCCACCUGCAGCAGGGCGGUGCUCCCACCCCCUUUGACCGGAACUACGGGACCAAGCUGGGGGUAAAGGCCAUGCUCUGGAUGUCGGAGAAGCUGAGGGCCGUCUACCGCAAAGGACGGGUGUUUGCCAACGCCCCAGACUCGGCUUGUGUGAUUGGCCUGCAGAAGAAGGCUGUGGCUUUUAGCCCCGUCACAGAGCUCAAGAAUGACACCGACUUCGAGCACCGCAUGCCCCGGGAGCAGUGGUGGCUGAACCUGCGGCUCAUGCUGAAGAUGCUGGCGCACUACCACAUCAGCCUGGCUGACUAUGUGUCUGGGGAGCUGGAGCACGUGACCCGCCGCACCCUGAGUAUCGACAAGGGCUUCUGAGGCCACAUGCCUGCCUGCCCGUGCCCAGUGCCCACCCACGUCCUGCACCUGCCUGCCUGCACCCUGCACCUGCCUGUGCCCAGCAUCCACUGCCUCUGGGCUUCCUAAUCCUCCAUGCAAGUCCCAGUCCCUGGCACCAAGGCUGUAGCUGUUUGGGCCUGGGCUGCUAUGCCUGGGACCUGCAGGCAAGUGCGAGGGGCCUGCUCAGCCCGGCUUGGAGCUCUCGUGGCCCCUGUCUGCCCUGUUUCUCCCCAGGCCUCUGGGGCUUCUGUAAGCCAGCCUGCUGUCCUCCUCCAAGGACAGAAACCCAUGUGGCACCACCUUCCCACCCAGGGGACAUGGGCUGGUGGUGUUUGGUCUCUGCAGCCCCAUCCUUGGCACCUGUAGGGCCCUCAGCUUCUCUAUCUG